AUGGUCCAGCCAGCUCCCUCCCCAGCCAUGGACGAGGUCACCUUCAAAAGCAACACAGUGCUGUCAGACGUCCACCUCUACACCCCGAACCAGAGGCACCUCAUGGUGCGACUGAAUGGUGUGGGACAGCCCGUCUUCCUGUCCCAGUUCAAGCUCCUGUGGAGCCAGGACUCAGGGGCUGAAAGUGGAGACCACAGAGACGCUCAAGAGACAUCGCGUGAUGGGACAGGACCCCCUCCAGGGAGCGACCUCAGCCGUGAGGAUUUCUCCCUCCAGACCAGCCAGGAAGGUGCAGGAGCCCAGCUGGAUGAGGAUGGGGACUUGGAUGUGGUGAGACGACCCCGGGCUGCUUCUGACCCUCCGAGAGACAAGGUGCACCCUGUGAUUCUAACACAGGAAGAAGAUGAUGGCAUGGGGGAUGAAGCACAAGCCGGCAGCCUCUGCAGUGUCGUCAGAAUAGAGCACACCAUGGCCACCACCCUGGAGGACGUUGGCAAGCAGGUGUGGCGGGGAGCCCUGCUCCUGGCGGAUUACAUCCUGUCCCAGCAGGACCUUCUCCGGGGACGCACCGUGCUGGAGCUCGGUGCAGGAACGGGGCUCGCCAGCAUUAUUGCAGCCACUGUGGCCCAGACCGUGUACUGUACAGAUGUUGGUGCUGAUCUCUUGGCCAUGUGCCAGAGAAACAUUGACCUCAACGGCCACCUGACUGCCACUGGAGGUGGUGUAGUCAAGGUCAGAGAACUGGACUGGCUGAAAGAGGACCUGUGUACAGAUCCUGAGGUCCCCUUCAGCUGGUCGGAAGAGGAAAUUUCUGACUUGUACAAUCACACCACUGUGCUUCUUGCUGCUGAAGUGUUUUACGAUGAUGACUUAACUGAUGCAGUGUUUAGAACACUCUCCCGACUCACUCGUAAACUGAAAAAGUCCUGCACGGUCAUCUUGUCGGUGGAGAAGAGGCUGAACUUCACAUUGAGACACUUGGACGUGACGUGUGAAGCCUACGACCACUUCCGUGCUUCCCUGCACACGCUGGAGAGGCUAGCCUCCGGUGAGGUGCGGCUGGCCGUGGAGCCUGUGGAAGCCUCCUUCCCUCAGCACCUGGCCUACGAGCGCAUCCAGCAGCUGGAGCUGUGGAAGAUUGUCAUGCAGCGAGUAACGUGA